AUGGGGCCUAAAUAUCCGGCUGGCCUAUCCUACGUGAGGAUAAGUUUAUCCCAGUUCCCAACUCCCCAAUCCAAAUCCUACAGUAGAACCGAGAAACGGAGCCGAAGAACAGGGCUUAACAUCGUAGAGCAAAUUAUUGUUCAACUGAGUUUUCAAUUAAAACCAAAAAGCAUGGAUCGGUACCAAAAGGUGGAGAAACCAAAAAUGGAAACACCGAUUAAUGAGAACGAGAUUCGGAUUACAAGCCAAGGCAGGAUGCGGAGCUAUAUUACUUAUGCCAUGAGUCUGCUUGAGGAAAAGGGUUCUGAUGAAAUUCUGUUCAAAGCAAUGGGCAGGGCCAUCAACAAAACUGUAACAAUUGUGGAGUUGAUUAAGAGGAGAAUUGUUGGUCUUCACCAAAUCACAACUAUUCAAUCCACUGACAUAACUGACACAUGGGAACCGUUAGAGGAAGGCCUCCAAAUUCUGGAAACCACAAGGAAGGUUUCAGUGGUCUCAAUCACGCUCUCAAAGAAGGAGUUGGAUACAAGAAAUGUUGGGUACCAACCGCCACUACCAGCUGACCAGGUGAAGGUGUUUACGGAGUAUGAAGGAGAGGGAUCACCUACUGCUCGUGGAAGAGGCCGUUUUGGUAGAGGACGGGGGAGGUAUCGAGCUACACCAGGGAAUGGUUUUGCACCUAUAGAGUAUGAGGAUGGAGGUUAUGAUCAGAAUCCUAGAUAUACCCGGGGUAGGGGACGUGGCAGAGGUCGCAAUUUCCGAGGCCGUGGUAGGGGAGGGUACGGUGGCUCUCAGUUGGAUACUCAGCAUGAUGCUGGAGGCUACAAUCAAGAAGCACCUCUUCAGGGCCGAGGUCGUGGCCGUGGGAGGGGAACUCGUGGCCGGGGUCGUGGAUUCAGAUCUAAUGGGCCAAUCUAUGCUACUGCUGGAGAUGCAUAG